CAUGGCUCCUAUCAAAGCCUCUCCAGCUCAGCUACCCGCUGCCCAAGACGAGACGAAAAAGCGAAGGCGCUUCUACUGGAAGCGUCCUGCCAGUCCCGUCAGGCCACCGCCACCUCCGAAGGAACACACCGGGCUCUUGGUGACUGCCGAGCUAGAAGAGGCCAUGCAGGAGUGCCAGGCGAAAGUUGAGCGCAUCGCCAGUGACUGCAGAGCCAAUAACAGGAAAUUCAGAGACAUCGAAUUUGAUCUCGAGAACGACCGUCUCCGCACCGUAUACGGUCUUAUUGAUGAAGAUACCACCGUCCUCCAGGGGUCGAUGACGACCGUCCGCCGCGUUCGCGAGCUUUACGACGAGCCACAGUUCUUCAAAGGCGGCGUAGACUCCAGUGAUAUCGAACAAGGCAGCUUGGGUGACUGCUGGUUCCUGUCAGCGCUGUCUAAUGUCGCCACUUCUCCUGAGUUGAUCAAGAAAUGCUGCGUCGCUCGGGACGAGGAAGUUGGCGUCUACGGCUUCAUCUUCUUCCGCGAUGGGCGCUGGGUCAAUGUUGUCAUUGACGGCCAACUCUUCUGCAAGAUGCCCAAGUUUGAGGAACUCAGUUCCGGCGAGCGAGCACUCUACCACAAUGACAAGAACCUUUACAAUAAGAGUGCUAAAACUACUGGCAAGAACCUCAUGUAUGCAAAGUCAGCCGAAGCAGGCGAGACAUGGGUGCCCCUCAUUGAAAAAGCCUAUGCCAAACUGCAUGGAAGCUUCCAAGCAUUAGAAGGAGGCCUAGUUUCCGAGGCGAUCGAGGACCUUACCGGCGGUGUUUCCACCAUCCUUCAGAUGAAGGACAUCCUCGACCACGAGCGCUUCUGGAACGAAGAAUUGAUUCACGCCAACGACCGUUCUCGCCUGUUCGCCGUCAGCUUCAACGCCCUCGACGAGUCCCGCCUCCAGGCGAAUGAAGAGUCGCCGACGAUAAUGGGUCUCAUGAGCGGCCAUGCGUACUCCGUCUUGCGCGUCCAAGAGUGCCGUGGCAGGAGGUUCGUGGUCGUCCGUAACCCAUGGGGCAGUUCUGAGUGGACCGGACCCUGGUCGGAUGGCUCCAAGGAGUGGAAUGGCGAGUGGUUGGAUGCCCUCAAGGAACUCGGCCAUGUUUUCGGCGACGACGGACAGUUCGUUAUGGAAGAUUCGGAUUUCUUGGACGUGUGGGAGACUGUCGAACGAACCCAGUUAUUCGACGCUAGUUGGGCUAUGGCCGCUCAGUGGCUUCGUCUUUCGCCCCGCCCGAACGUCUAUCCGUGGACAUACGGUGACAUCUUCGUCAAGUUCACCCUUGCCGAACCGUCUCCGACGAUCAUCGUCCUCUCCGAGCUGGACAAUCGCUAUUUCAAGAAGAUAUCUGGAACCUCGGCCUGGCGCUUGGACUUCGUCGUCUAUAAGCGCGGCGAUCCUGAGCUCAGAGGCGAGUCGUACAGCGGAAUCCCGUUCACCCGCAGCAUCUCCUGCGAACUUGACCUGGAAGAAGGAGAGUACAUUGUCUUGCCGAGACUCGACAGAGAAGACACCGCACCGCAGGGAUAUUUCGAGGCGAAGGCCGACUUUUGGGACGGACGCACCCUCGCCCGAGUUUUGACCGAGAGGGCGAAGGCGAGAUCGAUUGCAGCGGACUAUCGCCCCGAGUAUGAUCUUACCCCAGUCCGAGCGAUCCUAGGAGCUGACGCUUCUCCAUCCAGAAUACCACUGUUCGUGGAGAAAGACCUCAACGACCUCCUCGCGGAAGACAUGGAAAGACUGCAAAUCAAGGAAUCAGCACCCAGUCCCUUGCCAGUGGCAGACGACGCCCAGGAGGCGAAUCCAGGGGGCAGCCCCGUCGAGUCCUUGUUCCAGAGAUACAUGCAAUUGAACCAGAUCAGCUUGGAGGAUGAGGACGAGAUCAGUCCCGUUUGGGGCUUACGCGUUUACGCGAAGAAGGAAGCGUCUGUCGUCGUUGAUGGAUGGGUCGAUGGGGAAGAUUCGGACGAUGAUGAGAAGGAGGAGGAGGAGGAGGCUGAGGAAUG